GGACGGUCAUGAAUGCCUUAACAAACGUCAGAAUCCAAAAUUUAAAACGGCUCGAAUUCCUCUCUUCUUUAGUUCUUUUAUUACCCUUCUAUCCGUGUCGGUUAAUCAUAAAUAAAUCUGUCUAUUGGCGGCAGCAACAAGAGGUGCGGGGAGGGCGAGAGAAGUAUAAAAGGUGCGAGUUUCCGAUUAAAAUUGAGAUCGAAAAAUCAAGAGAUCGAUCAGAUUUCUCGAUUGUUCUUCGUCGAGCCGUUCNGCAUUCCUCAAUUUUCCUGAAGCAGCAAAGAGCCAGCAACAAGAGAUCAGUUCAGAGGCAUCCAUCAGCAAGAAGUUUAUCCUCUUGUCAGCAUGGACCCACAGCAUGAUGCGAACGAUACACUGAAGCAUUUGGAGAAACAAAAUGAUUUGCUCACAGAAUCUCAUAGGGCCAUGACAGAGGAACUCCGAAAACUUAUGGUGGAAGAGCAGAUGCUGAUGGAGAAAUUCUAUGAACUGAUGACCGCUCAUGUCCUAAUUAAGAAGAAAAAGGAAGGACAAAAUGUGGGGGAGGGCAAGGAAGUAGUGGUGGCCUCUUCUUCACCAAUUGUUACUUGUGGCGACAAACAGUGAAGAAGUGACACAACCCAACCCCGUCAAGGGUUUUUUUUAGAACAAGAGAGGAGCAGAUUGGUUUUUGUAAUUCGUUAGGACAGGAGGAUAGUAGUUCUCAAAGCAUUUGUCUAUGCAUAUUUAUGUUAUAUUAUGUGUUGGGACAUUCCAAUAGAUAGAGCGGAUUCUGGCAAUUUCUAACGGCUCGCAGUGUACCAAAGUUUCAUUUAAAAACGAGUUAUUGUUAUUUGGACAGUUAGAAGUUGAUUA